UUUGAUGUCAAGAAAUCAUACUGUUUGGAUUUUUCUGCAACUGUAUUAGUUGUCUUCCAACGAGUGCUCAAGAGAUUCAUUCACAUUGCAAACUUAUCCUACUGUAUAGCCAUCCAUUGGCUUUCUGAUACUAAGCCAAAUGUGAUCUCCUUAUUGGAGCAGAAGAAAGAGCCCUGGAUGGUUAAGAGGAAGGAGACAAAAGAAUGGUGUCCAGAUUGGGAGUUUGGAAGAGAAACCAAGAAUUUAUCUCCAAAGGAAAACAUUUAUGAAAUUAGAUCACCACAACAGGAGAAGGCCAGAGUUAUCAGAGAAAUCAGAUGCCAGAUGGAGAGACAACAGGGUCAUCAGGAGGGACAUUUCAGACCAGCUGUAAUACCAUUUACUUCCAUGCAGUGCACAGCCCAUAGAGAAUAUCAGUGGCUUCAUACUGGAGAGAAAUCCUGUGAAUGCAGGAAAUGUAAGAAUGCUUUUAGGUACCAGUCAUGUCCUAUUCAACAUGAAAUAACUCAUAAUAAGGAAAAACCUGAAUGUGGAGAAUGUAGGAAAAUCUUUAAUAGUGGAUCAGACUUGAUUAAGCAUCAGACGCUUCAUGAAAGCAAAAAACAUAGUGAAAAUAACAAAUGUGCCUUUAAUCAUGAUUCUGGAAUUACUCAACCUCAGAGCAUUAAUACUGGAGAGAAACCUCAUAAAUGUAAGGAAUGUGGGAAAGCCUUUCAUUCCAGCUCACAAAUUAGUCAGCAUCAGAGGAUGCAUCUUGGUGAGAAACCCUAUAAGUGUAGGGAGUGUGGGAAAGUCUUUCCAUCCACCGCACAGCUUAAUCUACAUCAGAGGAUCCAUACUGAUGAGAAAUACUAUGAAUGUAAGGAGUGUGGGAAGGCCUUUACCCGUCCCUCACACCUUUUUCGACAUCAAAGAAUCCAUACGGGUGAGAAACCCCAUAAAUGUGAGGAAUGUGGAAAGGCUUUUUGUUAUGACACACAGCUGAGCCUUCAUCAGAUAAUCCAUACUGGUGAAAGACGCUAUGAAUGCAGGGAGUGUGGAAAGGUGUACAGUUGUGCCUCACAGCUGAGUCUACAUCAAAGAAUUCAUACUGGUGAGAAACCCCAUGAAUGUAAGGAAUGUGGGAAAGCCUUUAUCUCUGAUUCACAUCUUAUUCGACAUCAGAGUGUCCAUACUGGGGAGAAACCCUGUAAGUGUAAGGAAUGUGGGAAGUCCUUUCGUCGUGGCUCAGAACUUACCCGACAUCAGAGAGCUCAUACUGGUGAAAAACCCUAUGAGUGUAAGGAAUGUGGAAAGGCCUUUACUUGUAGCACAGAACUUGUUCAACAUCAAAAAGUUCACACUGGGGAGAGACCCCAUAAGUGUAAGGAAUGUGGGAAGGCUUUCAUUCGAAGGUCAGAACUCACGCAUCAUGAGAGAAGUCACACUGGUGAGAAACCCUACGAGUGUAAGGAGUGUGGGAAGGCCUUUGGUCGUGGCUCAGAACUUAGUCAACACCAGAAAAUUCAUACUGGUGAGAAACCAUAUGAAUGUCAGCAGUGUGGAAAGGCCUUCAUUCGGGCGUCACACCUUAGUCAACAUCAAAGAAUUCAUUCAGGACAGAGGAGUGAAUGAAGAAAUGAGGGAUGGCUCAGAAUUUGAUUGACAUGAGAAAGUUCAUACUGAUUUGGAAAAAAAAACCUAUGAUUCUUAAGUGUGAGUCACCUUAUAAAUGUUAGGAAUUAGCAGGGAUUUAUUUAUGUUUCAGAAUUUAUUACACAUCAUGAUACAACUGGUGAAAAAUUGAAGACCUCCAUGAAUGUAAAGAAAGUAGGGAGGCCUUUUUGGUGGCUCAGAACCAAGUCAACCUCAGGGAAUUCAUAAUGGGGGAGAGGAGGGCAGUGAAUAUGCUGAGAGGAGUUAAUCAUUCAGACCUUUAUCAGCAGCAGAGUCAUUAGCCCUUAGGGGAAAUCAGAUGAUUCAAAAUAUAAAUGCAGGCCGGGCCCCAGAACUUUGGGAGGCUGAGGUGGGUGGAUCACAAGGUCAGGAGAUAGAGACCAUCCUGGCCAACAUGGAUAAACCCCGUCUGUAUUAAAAUGCAAAAAAUUAGCUGGGCAUGGUGGCGCGCAUCUGUAAUCCCAGCUACUUGGGAGGCUGAGGCAGGGGAAUCCCUUGAACCUGGGAGGCAGAGGUUGCAGUGAGCUAAGAUUGAUCCACUGCAUUCCAGCCUGGUGACAGAGCAAGACUCCAUCUCAAAAAAAAAAUAAUAAUAAUUAUUAUUAUUAUUAUUAUACACACACACACACACACACACACACGCUGGGCACAGUGGCUCACACCUGUAAUCCCAGAACUUUGGGAGGCUGAGGUGAGUGGAUUACUUGAGUCCUGGAGUUUGAGACCAACAUGGGCAACAUGGUGAAACACUGUCUCUACAAAAAAUAUUAAAAAAAUUAGCCAGGUGUGGUGGUGCAUGCCUGUAAUCCCAGCUACUUGGGAGGCUGAGGUAGGAGGAUUGCUUAAGCCCAGGAGACAGAGGUUGCAGUGAGCCAAGAUCAUGCCAUUGCAAAGCAGCCUGGGUGACAGAGCGAGACUCUUGUCUCAAAAAAAAAAAAACAAAAAAACGGGGCUGGGCACGGUGCCUCACGCCUGUAAUCACAGCACUUUGGGAAGCCGAGGCGGGUGGAUCACUUGAGGCCAGGAGUUUGAGACCAGCUUGACCAACAUGGUGAAACCCUGUCUCUACCAAAAAUACAAAAUUAGCCAGGCGUGGUGGCGCACAGCUGUAAUACCAGCAACUUGGGAGGCUGAGGUAUGAGAAUCUCUUGAACCCAGGAGGCGGAGGUUGCAGUGAGCUGAUGAGAUCGUGCCAUUGCACUCCAGCUUGGGCAACAAGAGUGAAACUCCAUCUCCAAAAAAAAAAAGAAAAAAAGAAAAUGUAAAUGCCAUAUAUAUGGGACACCAAUUUGCUUUAGCUAACAAAGUAUUCAUCUGACAAUACUUGAGGAAGGCUAGAGUAGUAUUUAAAAUGCAGCAGAUUCUUUCAUCCCACAUAAAUCUUCUAAAUUUAUUUAGAAGCUAAUUCUCUAAAAUUAACUGGAGCUGAAUCAAUGUGGGGAAGAAUUUAACCAAUGUUUAGUUUUUACUCACCCUUAUCAUUAUUACUCAUUUCUUUUAGGGUGAAUUUAUUAACUACAUCUACAUUUUCUCAUUUAUAAAUUAGUACUGUUAGCACCAUAUUUCUUAGCUGCAUUGUGGGGGUUAAAUACAUUUAUAUUAUUUAAAGCAGUGUCUGUCUAGUAUUGAAAGUGUGCUAAAUGAAGGCGUUUAUUGUUUUUCUUUGUUAUUUUCUUAAUCGUGCAUUAUUAGACAUGAGAGGAAGGACUUAUAUUUGCAGUGACUAUAGGAACAUAUUGCAUCAUCUCUUUUUCUUUAUUGAAGGUUAGGUAAUUCCUUCUGGAGAAAAAUUUAAUACUGUGAAGCCUUUAUUUAUAGUUCACCCUUUUGCCUUACUAGGCAAAUAAUGUAAAGAAACCCAGUAGAAUAAAAGUGGGUUGCUGUGAAGUCAGGUGGAAGAUUUAGAUGAUUUAUCAAAACUUUUCAAAAGGCUGGGCACAGUAGCUCAAGCCUGUAAUCCCAGGAAUUUAGGAGGCCAAGGCGGGCAGAUCACUUGAGGCCAGGAGUUCGAGACCAGCCUGGCCAACGUGGCGAAACCCCAUCUCUACUAAAAAUACAAAAAAUAAGCCAGGCACGAUGGCGUGCAUCUGUAGUCCCAGCUACUUGGGAGGCUGAGGCAGGAGAAUCACUUGAACCCAAGAGGUGGAGGUUGCAGAAUUAAAAAAUAAUACAGCCCUAGCCAAAAUUUAUUUCUCCACUAGAAAAUUUUAAAGCUACCUGUAUAAGUAAUUUUUAUAUUAAAAAGGAUAUCGGCCUGGUGAGGUGGCUCAUGCCUGUAUUCCUAGCACUUUGGGAGGCCAAGGCGGGUGGAUCACGAGGUCAGGAGAUCAAAACCAUCCUUGCCAACAUGGUGAAACCCCGUCUGUACUAAAAAUACAAAACUUAGCUGGGCGUGGUGGCUCACGCCUGUAGUCCCAGUAGUCAGGAGGCUGAGGCAGGAGAAUCGCUUGAACCCGGUGUGGGAGGUUGUAGUGAGCCAAGAUUGCACCACUGCACUCCAUCCUAGGCGACAGAGUGAGACUCCAUCUUGGCUGGGCGCGGUGGCUUACGCCUGUAAUCCUAGCACUUUGGGAAGCCGAGGUGGGCGGAUCAUGAGGUCAGGAGAUUGAGACCAUCCUGGCUAACAUGGUGAAACCUCAUGUCUACUAAAAAUACAAAAAAUUAGCCAGGCCUGUGGUGGGCGACUGUAAUGCCAGCUACUCGGGAGGCUGAGGCAGGAGAAUCGGCUGAACCACGGAGGCGGAGGUUGCAGUGAGCUGAGAUCGCGCCACUGCACUCCAGCCUGGGCGACAGAGCAAGACUCUGUCUCAGAAAAAAAAAAAAAAAGAUGUCAAGGCAGGCCUUAUUAGGAAUGAAUGACAAAGGGAACACUACAUAUGGAAAUUUAUAGGGUGUGAACAAAGCUAUAGUCUCAGGAAAAUUAUUUUAAUAUGUAUAGAAAACAGGGCCAGUUAAGGACUAGGAUUCAUUCCGACUUCACCCUGUGUGCCUGUUCCUAGCAGGUUCUCAGUAAAUAUUUGAUCAUAGGAAUGUGUGAAUGAUCCAAGCAGUGAGAGAGUGAAUGAAUAAGCAUUCAACCCUUGGAUGUAGAAAAGCUCUAGGAAAAUUAAUGGAAGGCAAAAACAAAACACAAGACUUUGAAAUGAAAAGCAUUGCACCCUAUGAAGAAGAAACUCAAGCAUAGUUGCCUAUUCAUUGGUGUUAACCACUCUCCUUUUGGCAGGAUUGCCUGCUGCUCUUCUGAGUCUGUAAAUGCCAGAUAUUUGAUCUCCUAGCUUGCCCUGCAUCUGGUCACACAUAUAAUAGCCCUGGAUACGGAAGAUCUGUGCAAAAGUCUGCAAAUGGGCUUCAGUUAAAUUUUGUUUCCUAACAAAAUGGGAGAAAAUGGUCUUCUUAAAUACAAGAUGCAUGCCUGUAUGUCAGCGUGAUACCUGGAAUUGUGGCCAUUUUGCAAGCAGAGAAUCAAGAGUCUGAGACUGGCACAGAAUAGGUUGGAAUUAUGUGUGUCCUUGACAUUGUUUUUUUGUUUUGUUUUGUUUUGUUUUUCUUUUUCAGACGGAGUCUUACUCUGUCACCCAGGCUGUAUUGCAGUGAUGGGAUCUCAGCUCACUGCAACCCCCACCUCCCAGGUUCAAACGAUUCUUCUGCCUCAGCCUCCCCAGUAACUGGGACUACAGGCGUGCGCCACCAUGCCCAGCUAAUUUUUAUAUUUUUAGUAGAGAUGAGGUUUCACUAUGUUGGCCAGGCUGGUCUCUAACUUCUGACUUCAUGAUCUGCCCGCCUUAGCCUCAUGCUGGGAUUACAAGCAUGAGCCACCACUCCCAGCCAACAUUGUUGAUAUGAUGAAACAAUGAAGAACUGCCCUUUCCCUGGACUUGGUGCGAAAUAAGAAACUGCAGGAGUAUGUUGUAAGUUUAUUUUUAUUUUUAUUUAUUUAUUUAUUUAUUUGAGACAGAGUCUUGCCCUGUCGCCCAGACUGGAGUGCAGUGGUACAAUCUCGACUCACUGCAACCUCCACCUCCCAGGUUCAAGCGAUUCUUGUUCCUCAGCCUCCUGAGUAGCUGAGACUACAGGCGCCUACCACCACGCCCAGCUAAUUUUUUUCUAUUUUUGGUAGAGACAGGGUUUCACCACGUUGCCCAGGCAGAUCUUGAGCUCCUGGCCUCAAGUCAUUAGCCCGCCUCAGACUCCCAAAGUGCUAGGAUUACAGGCGUGAGCCACCGUGCCCACCUGCAUAUGUUGUAAGUUUAUACUCCACUUUUUACAAUAUAUCUGAGGCCUGGAAAGUUAUUUUUAAAGACAUUUUUAUAUAUACACACAUUCAACUUUAGUAAAGUUUAUAUUCAGCUUUUUAUAGUACAUCUGACAUUGUAGAAAAGCAUUUUCUUAUAUAUAGUUGAAAUAUAUAUUCAACUUUGAUUUAGUAAAGUAUAUGAAAAACAUAAUUUACAUUCAGCAUUUUAUAGUGUAUGUUUAUAUUCAGCUUUUUAUAGUAUAUGUGAAAUCCUAGAAAAGUAUUAUUUUCCUGAAUAAGAACCAGGAAGAAACUGAUUAAAGAGCUACACCACAUAAUUUCUCUAGUACUAGAAUUAUCUUACAGUCUUCUACCUCUUCAAGAUACAACAGUCAUGGCUGUGAGGCUAUCAUUACCCUUUUACCAAAGUUGGAGAAGGACAGCAUCCAAAAUAAGUCAGCUAUAAAAAAAAGUAAAGUCGGCCGGGUGCGGUGGCUCAUGCCUGUAAUCCCAGCACUUUGGGAGGCUGAGGCAGGCAGAUCACUUGAGGUCGGGAGUUCGAGACCAGCUUGGUCAACAUGGUGAAACCCCUUCUCUACUAAAAAUACAAAAAAUAGCCAGGCAAGGUAGCACGUGCCUGUAAUCCCAGUUAGUCAGGAGGCUGAGGCACGAGACUAGCUUGAACCCAGGAGACAGAGGUUGUAGUGAGCCGAGAUCGCACCACUGCAUUCCAGCCUGGGCACCAGGGCAAGACUCUCUCAGAAAAAAAAAAAAAAAAAACCUGAUGUGUAUGCUUCCAUGCUUUGCCCACACUGAAGAAGCAUACCCACAGCUAGAUUUGUUUUGGUACCAUAGGAGGUUUCAGGUUGGGGAGAGUAGUUUGAAUGACAUCGUGCAUACACAUUGAAGUGUCAUCUCCUCUCCUCACUUGGUAACAUACCAGGGACAUCCUUCAAAUUAAUACCUGUAGAUCAAACUAGCUUGAAAUUCUUACAUAAUGGAGUAGUUCCCCCUUAUCCCUGGUUUUACAGUAUAUUGUUUUAAUUGUUCUAUUAUUGGCUAUUAGUUAACUUAUAAGUUUUAUCAUAGGUAUGUAUGAAUAGGAAAAAGCAUAGUAUAUGUAGGGUACAGUACUCUAUACAGUUUCAGGCAUCCACUGGGGAUCGUGGAACAUGUACCCUGCAGAUAAAGGACUAUUCUAUAGACAAACCAUAUGCAGCCCAUUUUUCCACUAAUGAAAGUUCAGAUUGGGGCCAGGCAUGGUGCUCAUGCCUGCAAUCCCAGCACUUUGGGAGGCUGAGCCAGGUGGAUGGCUUGAGCCCAGGAAUUUGAGAUCAGCCUGGGCAACAUGGUAAAACCCUGUCUCUAUAAAAAGUAAAAAAAAAAAAAAAAAAAAGUCAAGUGUGGUGGUGAGCACCUGUAGUCUCAGCUACUUGGGAGGUUCAGGGUGGAGAAUAGCUUGGGCCCAGGAGGUUCAGGCUGCAGUGAGCCAAGAUUGCACCACUGCACACCAGCCUGGUUGACAGGGUGAGACCUGUCUCAAGAAACAAAAAAUUCAAGUUAUUUUACCAAUAAUUAUACACCAAACAAUUUUGCUGUACAUAUAUUGUUGCAUGUUGUACUUUUAUAUCAAUAAAGUAGGUGGAGUCCUACCAGUUGAAUUCCUUGCCUUACAACAUAGUGGAUUUAAAAUAUAUUCAUUAAGGCCUUAUUAUUGUCUGAAAUCAUUCAUCUUAAUGGGAAUUUAUGUCCAUUUCCUGACAAAUUCAACCAGGACUGAACUUUUUUUUAUGUUGGGUGAAGGAAAAGAAAAAGUGCCUUCAAUUUUCUUUUCUUUUCUUUUCUUUUUUGAGACAGAGUCUCACUCUCGGCAGGCUGGAUUGCAGUGGUGCAAUCUCAGCUCACUGCAACGUCUGCCUCCCUGGUUGGAGCGAUUCUCCUGCCUCAGCCUCCUGAGUAGCUGAGACUACAGGUGCCCACCACCACACCCAGCUAAUUUUUGUAUUUUUAGUAGAGACGGGAGUUUCACCAUGUUGGCCAGGAUGGUUUCAAUCUCUUCACCUCGUGAUCCGCCCGCCUCAGCCUCCCAAAGUGCUGGGAUUACAAGCGUGAGCCACCGGGCCUGGCCUGCAUUUUCUUAACUGCCAGUGAGAUUGAGCAUCUACCAUGUCUAAGGGUCAUUCGAGUUCUGUUUCUGUGGAUUGCUUAUUUUUAUCUCUUCCUUUUGUUUACAUUGGAGUAGUUUUUAAAGCAAUCUGUGGAAACUUUGCUAAGGAGAUUGUAUUGUCAUAUGCUCUGCAGUUUAGCCUGCAUCUUUUGCCAUUGUUUAUGGCAAAGAGAGUUAACAUAUUUUUCUGUGAAGAGCCAGAUAGUAAACGUGCAAGGCUUUGUAAGCCAUACAGUCUCUACUCUGUCUUUGUAGUGUGGAAGCGCUUAAUACAUGAACCAGGUGUUCUCAACCAGGGGCCAUUUCGUUUCUCAUACCUACACCCCAGUAGGCAUUUGGCAAUGUCCAGAGUCAUUUUUGGUUUUCAGUAUGAAGGGUGGGUGCUGCUGGCGUCUGGUGAGCAGAGGCCAGGGAUCCUGCUAAGCGUCCUACAAUGCAUAGUACAACUGCCCCCACCCCCCAAAAAAAGUCUCAUCCAGAAUAUCAGUAGUUCUGAGGUUGAGAAAUUCUACCUAUAAGCAAAUGGACAUUGUUGUGUUCCAAUAAAACUUUAUUUGCAAAAAAUAAUCAGAAGGCCACAUUUGGCCUGUGAGCUAUAGUUUGCUUAUCUCUAUUUUAAAUAGCUUUUUGCUAUAAGAUAAUAUAGUUUUCUGUAUUUGUUCCUGAAUUGUCUCAUUCACCCCAAAUAUUUUUCCAAAUUUUCUUCUAUUUUAUGCCUUUAAACCUUUACUAAAUACAAAUAAUACACAGAAACAAUAGCCCCUGUGUAACUACCACCUAAUAAUUAAGCAUGUUGUUUUAUUGUUUUGAUUAAAAAUUUAUAAAAGAAAUAAAUCAUUUCAGAAAAAAAAGCGUAGUCUUCUCUUUUUCCCUUUCCAGUCCUGCUCUUUGCCCUGUGUCUGCACAGCAAUAACUUAGUGCACUAAUAUCUGUAAAACCAGCACCUAUCCAACGUACAAGGACACGAUACAUAGUAUUAUGUGUUUCUAAGUAACACAAAUGGUGAUACAUCUUUCUGCAAUUUCAUUAACAAUACGUGGGAUCCAAAACCAUUGAAAAAUACUGAUCUAAUUCUUUUAUCUGCUGUGUUGCCUUCUUAUUUAUUUAUUUAUUUAUUUAUUUUUUGAGACGGAGUCUCAUCUCACUCUGUCACCUAGGCUGAGUGCAGUGGCGCCAUCUUGGCUCACUGCAAGCUCCACCUCCCGGGUUUACGUCAUUCUCCUGCCUCAGCCUCCCGAGUAGCUGGGACUACACGCGUCCGCCACCACGCCCGGCUAAUUUUUUUGUAUUUUUAGUAGAGACGGGGUUUCACUGUGUUAGCCACGAUGGUCUCUAUCUCCUGACCUCGUGAUCUGCCCACCUCGGCCUCCCAAAGUGCUGGGAUUACAGGCAUGAGACACCGCGCCCAGCCUGUGUUGCAGUUUUAUACAAUUUAUUCACUGAAGUCCCUUUAUUAGAGAAAAACAGUUGUAAAUUAAAAAAACUAUAUAUUUUAAGCACUCAGGAUUUAAUAAAGGAUUUUUGUAAUUUGAAGAAUGUUCAGUAGAGCCAAGAAAGCUUGUGGGCUUUACAACCUAGAAAAAAGUUGUAAGCAGAGAGGCUUAGAUCCACCACCGUACUGUUCAAGGAAAAGUGUCAGGGCUACUACUACCCACUGCUCAUCACCUAGUGGUUGAGGGCCUGGAUGCUGCAAACUUCCACAGUGAGCAGUUCUAAGCAAACCCCAAAGGCCGAGGAAGCUGAGGGGCCAAAGGAAGAGGCUGAAAAAUCUAGUUUCUUGGAAACAUUUUUUUGUUUGGUUUGGGUUUUUGUUGUUGUUGUUUGUUUGUUUGAGAUAGUCUCACUCUAUUGCCCAGGCUGGAGUGCAGUGGUGCCAUCUCGGUUAAGCAAUUCUCCUGCUGAAUUCAGCCUCUCGAGUCGCUGGGAUUAUAGGCGUGUGCCACCUGGCUGUAUUUUUGAAUUUUUAGUAGAGAUGGGUUGUGGGGAAAAGCAAGAGAGAUCAGAUUGUUACUGUGUCUGUGUAGAAAGAAGUAGACAUAGGAGACUCCAUUUUGUUCUGUACUAAGAAAAAUUCUUCUGCCUUGAGAUUCUGUUAAUCUAUGACCUUACCCCCAACCCCGUGCUCUCUGAAACGUGCUG